AUGGACUUGUGGUGCGUCAAUAGUGAGCGCUUUUGCUCGACAGUGAGUCUCAUCCGUGUCGAGGUUGACGGCAUUUUGACAACCAAGUUUUACCAGCUCCCAGCGGCCACUGCCGAAAUCCGACAAAUUGAACAAGAGCGGACCAAUAAUCGCAUCAAGUUCAAGCUGGGGUUUCCAUUUCGAGGCCAGAUGGAUGGUCAUGAGUUGGACGUGUAUGGCCACGGCACCAAGACUCGCUCGUGCUCCCAACUGCACUGGGUGCCGUAUGCAAACCCCACCGCCGUUGAAAAAUUGAUUCCAGGCUGGCGCAUGGAAACAACUUUCCCAUCCCUUCUGUUGCUGCCUCCAAACGAUGUUACCCCAAAAAAGCCAGCAUUUACGUGGCGUGGCUGGUCGAAUUCCGAGGAAGUGUUGUUAGCCUCGUGUGCCUCGUACUUGAGUUUUUGUUGGCCGCGUCGUUCACAAGCGAACAUCAACCACAAAAGGCGGAUCGGCGGCAGCAAAAGUUAA